GUUGACCAACUUGGGACAUUGGUGAUUAGUUUCCUCUCUCUCUCUCUGUCUCUCUCAAACUAGUGUGACUGCUGAAAUUUGCUUGGGUGAAGGCUCUAUACCUGCGGUGAAAUUUGAUUCCAGUGUGUACGCUUUUUCAGAUCUCCCUCUUCAUAUUCCAGACCAAGCAAGGUAACUCAACUUGAAAACAGAGCUUUCAUUUACUUUCUCACCUCCAUUUCCCUUUUAUUCCGGCUGUACUGUUUUGCUUUCAUUCUUGCCGUCUCCUUUUGAUUCUUGUAUUCCCUUUGCUUCUUUGCUUUCAUUCUUCUUGUUUUUUUUGGCCUUUUCAUCUUGUGUUUCCUUUUAAUUUCUUAAGAAUAAUAAAAAAAAAAAGUUCAGAAAAAAGCCCUUUUGAUUCUUGUACUGUCUUUGCUUCUUUGCUUUCAGUCUUGCUGUCUCUUUUUGAUUCUUGUACUAUCUUUGCUUUCGUUCUUCUUGUUUUUUUGGCAUUUUCAUCUUGUGUUUCCUUAUAAUUUCUUAAGAAAAUAAAAAAAUAAAAAAAUAAAAAAAAAGUCAAGAAAAAAGCCCAAAAAUUAGAAAGAGAAAAAAGUGAGAAAUGGCUGAAGGAGUUGGUCUCUCCUUUUUGGGGAAAGCUCUGGGGGGAAUUGGAGAGUACUUGGUUGCUCCGAUCGGCAGACAGUUUGGUUAUCUGUUUUGCUUCAACACCAACAUUCAAAAUCUUGAGACUCAAUUGGAUAGCCUAAAAGUGACAAGAGAAGGGGUUCAACUAGGGGUGGAUGAAACACGCAACAAUGUCAGAACCGUUGGACCUCAUCUUCAGGCAUGGCUGACUAAAGCAAAUGGCAACACAGCAGAGGCAGAGACAAUUAUUAAAGACAAGGCCCAAGUUCAAAAGGGGUGUUUCAAUGGGUGGUGUCCAAAUCUCAAGUUGCGUUACUCACUGGGCAGGAAAGCUGUGAAGAAGACUCAGGAACUUGCUCUUCUCCAUGCUGAGGGUAGCAACUACAUUCAGUCGUCCUACAAUCCACCACCACCAAGCAUAGAACCUAUACCUACAACAACAGAAUUCCAGGGGUUUGAUUCUCGAAUUCUGGUCAUGAACGAGAUCAUUGAGGCUUUGAAAGAUGAUGGGAUCCACUUGAUUGGGAUAUGCGGGAUGGGCGGAAUAGGCAAGACAACAAUGGCAACAGAAGUUGCAAAAAGAACCAAAAAUCUCUUCAAUGAAUUUCCAAUGGCAGUUGUCAGGCAAGAGCCAGACCUAACUAAGGUUCAAGGGUGUAUUGCAGACAUGUUGGAUCUCAAACUUGAUGACAGGGAGAGCCCGAUCGCCAGAGCAAGUCUCCUACGCAAGAGACUUCUGCUAGACAAUAAGAAAAUUCUUGUCAUAUUGGAUGACAUUUGGGAAGAAUUUGAUCUAGAGGAGUUGGGAUUUCCUUUGGAAGGAGGUAGCAACAAGAGUUGUAAGAUCCUUUUCACUUCACGAAAUCGAAAUAUGUGGAAAGGAAUACAAAAUAAAAGGUAUAUCCAACUUGAAGUCCUAGUGGGUGAAGAACCAUGGCAUCUCUUUAGAGAGAAGGUAGGCGAUUGUGCUGACGACCUUGAUCUGCUACCACUAGCAAAACAGAUUGUAAAUGAAUGUGGAGGUUUACCACUUGCCCUCAUAACUAUUGGAAGGGCUCUUACAAACGAACACAACCAACAUCAUUGGAAUAAUGCACUUCAACAACUAAGAACCCCUUGUUCAGAAAGUUUGUCGUCAGAAGUGCCUGCAAAAGUGUAUCAAGCUCUAUAUUUUAGUUACAAUUUUCUACAAGGUGAGAGAGCCAAGAAGCUGUUUCUGCUCUGUUGCUUGUUUCCAGAAGACUAUGAAAUUCCUAUUGAAGAUUUGGUUAGAUAUGGAAUCGGAUUGCGGUGGUUUGAAGGUAUCGACAAAGUGGAUGAAGUAAGAGAUCGAGUGAAUGUCUUAGUUGAUCAACUUAGAAGUUGUUAUUUAUUGUUGGAUGGUGAUCGCGAGUUGCUAAUAAAAAUGCAUGAUGUAGUGCGCGAUGUCGCCAUAUCAAUUGCAGCUAAAGAUAAGCAUGGUUUUAUGAUAAUCCAUGGUGCCAAAUCGAGAGAGUGGCCAAAGAAGCCGACUUAUGAGCUUAACACUUCCAUUUCGGUGAUAUCAAAUGAAAUUGAAGAGUUUCCAGGAGGAUUGAGAUGCUCAAAACUUGAGUUUUUACUAAUACGAUGCGAGUAUAGUUCGCUAAAAAUACCAAGCAAUUUUUUUGAGGGCAUGAGGGAACUCAAAGUUUUGGACUUGAGAAUCACGGAAGACAUCUCGUUACUGCCGUCAUCACUGCAAUUCUUGAGAAACCUGUUGACAUUGCAUCUUGAUCACAGUCAUAAGUUCGAUAAUAUAUCUGUAAUUGGAAAGCUACUGAAUUUGGAAAUCCUCAGCUUUCGUCGAUCCGACAUUGAGGAGUUACCUGAGGAAAUAGGAGGACUGGUUAAUUUAAAGUUGUUAGAUCUGACAAGAUGUCAUGACCUUAAAAGAAUAGCACCUGGUGUCAUAUCAGCCCUAGUCCAAUUACAAGAGUUAUACAUGGGUGGCUGCAAAAUCAUUUGGGAACGAGAAGGCAAGGAAGGAGGAGAAAAUGCGAGCUUAAGAGAGUUUGAAUCCUUGUCCAAUUUGAAUACUUUAGAGAUUAAUAUAAAAGAUGCCGUGUGUUUGCCAAGAAUCCCAUUGUUUAGCAAAUUGACAAAAUACUCAAUUUUGAUAGGUUAUGAUUCCGGCGUCGUUUUCAAUGAAGGAUACAUAAUUAGGCUCCGAAAGCUUUUGAGUCUCCAUCUUCAUGACACAUGUAUUAUCCCAUUAGAUUGCGGAGGAAUCAAUUCGUUGUUAAGGAGUACUGCAGUUCUAGAGUUAAUGGGGAAGGGUUCGGAGGAUGCAGUGCAAGAGUUGUUUCGAGAGGGAGUUGAAGGACUCCAACACUUGAAGGAACUAGUAAUUAACAAGUGUGCUACACCAGAAUGUUUUGUCAAUACAAUGCAAUGGGUCCCGCGUGCACCUAAUGCCAUUCCUCCUAUUUUUCCUAUCCUGGAGGAAUUAGAGCUUGAUGAUCUACCCAAUUUAAGAAAGAUAUGUCACUGCCAACUUUCAACCGGCUCUUUUGGAAAACUAAAAUAUCUCAAAAUCUCGAAUUGUGAUAGAAUGGAAGAAGUUAUUUGGAAGGAAAAAGGAGAAGAUGAUGCAACAAACAAGAUGGAGUUUCCAGCGUUAGAAUCCAUGACUUUGUGGAGACUACCAAUGCUCAUUGGAUUUUGCAGAGGGACUGACGAGAUUGAGUUCCCUCAAUUGAAGAAAUUGUGUCUUCGGAAACUACCACAACUCAAGUGGCUCUUCCUCAAUAGCAGUAAUCCGUUUUCAGAGUCAAUGGAAAACCACAAUGCUACCUUCCUAUCUCUUUUCCCCGACAAGUUUUAUUUUCAGGUUGCAUUACCUAGCUUGGAGGAGCUAGAACUCAAGGAUCUUAACAAUCUAGAAGGGCUGGAACACAUUCCAAUCUCAGUGGGUUCCUUUUCUAAACUUAAAAAAGUACAUGUAGAACACUGUGGCAAAUGGCUCUAUGUUUUUCCAUCACAAUUUCUUACGAGGCUGCGAAAUCUUGAAGAUCUAACUGUAGAAAAUUGCAGUUUACUAGAGAACGUGUUUGGAUUGGAAAUGGGGGACUGUAAGGAACAAGAAUCAGAGAUGCUCUCGCUCUUGAAAUCUCUAAAAUUAAAGCGUCUACCCCAAUUGAAUUAUAUUUCAAAGAGAGAUCCCAUUGGAUUUACGUACAUUUCACAAUUAAAUAUUCUACAUGUCCAUGACUGUAAUAACUUGAGAUAUCUAUUCCCACAUUCCAUGAUGAAGUGUAUGUUACAACUCCAAGAAUUGGACAUAAGGAGAUGUAAAAUGAUGUCAAGGAUUGUUGCAGAUGAGAAAGGGCAGGGCAAAAGCUCGGUGGAUAAAAUUGAGUUCACUCAAUUGAAAAUUUUGCGGCUUUAUGAUCUACCGAUCCUUGUGAGUUUCUUUCCCAAAGUGAUUGCUACUUCGGCUACAUCAACAGAAUGCCUCCAAAAUGUCGAGCAAACUCUAUUCAAUGAGAAGGUCGUAUUCCCCACUUUGGAGGUGCUAGAACUUGAGCAUCUUGACAAUUUGGAAGGGAUGGGACACUGUCCACCUUCAUCGAUGUCCUUGUCCAAACUUAGAUAUGUACAUGUGCGGCAUUGCAGCAAAUUGCCCAAAGUUUUUCAAGCACAAUUGCUUAAGAGGCUGCAAAAUCUUGAAGAACUAUCUAUUGAGGAUUGUAGUUUGCUGGAGAAAGUGUUUGACUAUACGGAACACAACUCAAAGAUAUUCCUAUUAUUGAAAUCUCUCAAAUUAAAAAGUCUACCCCAAUUGAACCAUAUUUCACAGAGAGAUCCCAUUGGAUUUAUGUACAUUCCACGAUUAAGUAUUCUACAUAUUGAUGAUUUUGACAACCUGAGAUUUCUGUUCUCACAGUCCAUGACACAGUGUAUCCUACAACUACAAGAAUUGAAAAUAAGGGGAUGUAAAAUGAUGUCAACAAUUUUUAGGGAGGAGGAUAGCCAUGGUGAAAUUUUGGUAGAUAACAUUGAGUUCACUCAAUUAAAAAUUCUGCGACUUUAUGAUCUGCAAAACCUUGUGAGUAUCUUCCCCAAAGUGACUACUACUGUGGCGACAUCAUUUGAACACAUCCAGAACCCGGGACAAAGUCUCUUCAAUGAAAAGGUUGCAUUCCCUAGCUUGGAGGAAUUGGAACUCCAUGGAUUUCAGAGCAUGAACGAAAUAUGGUGCAAUCAACUUCAGACCGGCUCGUUCAACAAACUAAUUGAACUAUGUGUCUCAGAUUGUGGCAGUUUGAAAAAUCUGUUCUCUCUUUUUAUGGCCAGAUAUCUUGUCCAUCUAAAAGUGCUAGUCAUAAACAAAUGCUCGAUGAUGGAAGAAGUAGUUGCAAAGGAGGAAGAUAAAGAAGAAGGAAGGAUAAACAGAACUCCAUUGCCUAAAUUGGUGUAUUUGGAACUCGAAGAUCUACCGGAGCUCAAGAGUUUUUGCCACGUUACUCAUGUUUGGGAAUUGCCACUGGUAGAAAACAUCACUGUCCUCAAUUGCCCUGAAAUGAAGACCUUCUCUCCUGGAGUCAUAUGCACCCCAAUGUUGCAACAUGUAUUUGUGAAGAAGGGAAGAGGCAAGUGGUACACAGGCAGAGAAGGAGAAGACUGGCUAUGGAUAAGUGACCUCAAUCAAACCAUACUGCACCUAAUUGAAAAGCAGCAACAAGAAGAACAAUUGCAACAGGACCUGCAGCAACAACAUGAAAGGCAGACCUAGCGUAGUGGUAAAGCUACCUCUUGGUGACUUGGUGGCCACGGGUUUGAGUCGCGGAAACAGCCUCUUUGCUUGCAGGGGUAAGGUUGUGCACAUCAACCCUUUCCUAGACCCCACUUAAGCGGGAGUUUUGUGCACUGGGUACACCCUUUUUAUUUCUUGCAGCAUGAGGUAGGUGAGGAAGGAGGAGAAAAUGAAGAGACUAAUAACAACAAUGAUGAUGGUGGUGAUAUGUACAAGUAGGAUGGAGAUAGCCAUAAUUAAUGAACAUGAGGAUGACUUUUGAUGAUAAUGAUUGUAACAAUGCUCAAUAUUGUGAUUAUAAGUUCUCUAAACAUUUUGAAUACAAAGUGUGUAUUAAAGUAUCUUUCAUCGAUAUUAUUUUCCAAGCAAGAAAAAAAUAUUGGUGUCUUGUGCCUUCUCUAAAUCAUAAUUCUCAGUUUAUAGUUAUAUUUCUCAGGAUA